ACCAAAACACACAGACCCUCAACAGUGGAGUAUUGAGACUUGUAGUUGAAGAACAGCUGGAGGUCUGCUGGGCUCAGAGAGAUAACGCUGCGUUUAGAAAGUGCCUAAGCCAAGGUCAAGGGAGCUGGGGCUUGGUAUAAAACGAAUGAUCUUUGCAGGUUAUUAUAUGAAGGGUUCGGCUUGUGGUUGAUCAAAGCUAAAUGCCGCAAGAGCUAUCUACUUGCUGUGAAUUAUGCCAAGACGACAAUGGAGAGUUUUUUUUUUUUUUUUUUUUUAAUGGUACAAUGCAUUUCACCUACCAGAUAGGGGGAGUCCGAGCUGAGGGAUGGGAAUGUCUUAUGAUCUCUAUCAAUGAAGCGGGCUCAUUGUGCCGGCAAGGACUCACUCUCAGUCAGUAGCCCGCGCCCGGGAGGAGCUGGGGACACUUGGGACAAGUAGGGACCCCCGUCUGCACUUUUCCCCUCUUCUCACCCCCCUCCUCCUUUUCUCCUCCUACCCAAAAGCGAAACAGAAGCUGAUGAAGUCAAUCAUAUGGACAUGCCUCAUUAUUCAUUGAACACAAUCUUUUUCCAAGGCUCCUUCACAUGCAGCGGGGAUCUGCGCUAGAAGAUUAUUUCAAGUGGCUGUAUACAUUCCUAUUCCCUGGCUUCCUUAUUUCUUGCAACCGAACUUGAUAUUGUAGCAUCCAGAAUGAAUUUCCCAGAUUUUAGCACUCCAUGUGGCACAAGUGAAAGGGAUCUGAAAAUUUAGCACUGGAGGUUACACUUUAUUAUUUUGGGGAAGAAGGACGUCCUGCCAACAAGUCUGUCUGUGCCAACAAACUGACAAGAUUGUCCUUUAACCAAGUAUGCAGUUACGCUGUUAAGGCCUUGUCUUCCUUCUCUUCAGUCUGUUAUUUAAAGUCCUGCCUGGUUGAGAGAUGCGGGACCAAAAAGUUAAAGGAAUGGAGGAAGCUAGUUUGUGCCUUGGAGUUUCAUCAGCUGUGCCUGAAGUUGACACUCAUCUUAACAGCACCUUGAUAAAUGGCCAAUAUUCAAUGAGUCAGAAGUUGCAUCAGAUAACUUCCCAGCUUAGCCAUGCCUUCUCAGAAGAAAAAUCAGGAACUGCAAUAGAAGAAAAAAGUCACGUGUCAAUGGCAAAUCAACCAAUCAGCAAUCAGAUGGCUUUGUUAGCCAAUCAGCUGAAUCGAGAUGUUGACAGUGGAAGAGUUGACAAUGGAAGAGUUGAUCUUCAACAGUUUUUAAAUGGACAAAACCUUGGCAUUAUGUCCCAAAUGAAUGACAUAGAGGAUGAUGCAAGAAAAAAUAGAAAAUAUCCAUGCCCAUUGUGUGGUAAACGUUUCCGUUUCAAUAGUAUUUUAUCUCUUCACAUGCGCACUCAUACUGGGGAGAAACCAUUUAAAUGUCCAUAUUGUGAUCAUAGAGCGGCUCAGAAAGGUAAUCUGAAAAUCCACCUGCGCACCCACAAACUUGGAAAUCUUGGCAAAGGUCGUGGAAGAGUCAGAGAAGAAAACAGGCUUUUGCAUGAGCUAGAAGAAAGAGCAAUUUUAAGAGACAAACACAUGAAAAACAGCCUACUUCAGCCUAGACUUGACGUAAAGCCACAACAGCACUUACAGCAAUCUUCUUUAUCUAACUGUCAUAUAUCCUUAGCAGCUAAUCAUAAUACUUCUGAUGUUUCUAGCAAAGCGCCCUCUCCAAAGCCAACACUUGUCCAAGAGGAAGCAGCAACUCCGGCCACUGGAUUCAGGUGCACAUUUUGCAAAGGAAAAUUUAAGAAACGUGAGGAACUAGAUCGGCAUAUUCGAAUAUUGCACAAGCCUUACAAGUGUACGCUUUGUGAUUUUGCUGCCUCUCAAGAGGAAGAUUUGAUUAGCCAUGUUGAAAAGGCUCAUAUAACAGCAGAAUCAGUGCAAGGCCAAGGAUCAAGUGGAAAUGGAGAACAGUCAAAUAGUGAGUUUCGGUGUGAGGUUUGUGGGCAAGUGUUCAGUCAGGCAUGGUUUCUGAAGGGUCACAUGAGGAAGCACAAAGAUUCUUUUGAACACUGUUGUCAGAUCUGUGGUAGACGAUUCAAGGAACCUUGGUUUCUGAAAAAUCACAUGAAAGUUCACCUAAACAAGCUAGCUGUAAAGAAUAAAUCUUCAAAUGAAGCAGAGGUUCCUGUAUCUAUGAGCAGCGUGUCACAAGAGGCACAUGCAAAUUUGUAUUCUAGGUACAUAUCUUGCUUACAGAGUGGUUUUAUGUCUUCAGAUAAAGCAAGCUUAAGUGAACAUAGUCAUAUUUAUAAUAAAGGUGACCUGCCUCUAAAAGAAAAAGACGUUCUCGGAAAAUUGCUUUCACCAAUUUCUGGCAUUGCCCAUAACAUGACUGAAAGCGAGAAACAUUCCUUAAUUGGCUCACUCAACCUGGUGCCACCUUUAAAAUCUAGCUGUAUCGAAAGAUUACAGGCAGCAGCUAAGGCUGCAGAAAUGGAUCCAGUCAAUAGCUAUCAAGCUUGGCAGCUAAUGGCAAGAGGAAUGGCAAUGGAGCAUGGCUUUCUGGCUAAAGAGCAGCAGAUGCAACGCAACCAUGAAGAUACUUUAGCUAAUGCUGGUGUUCUCUUUGAUAAAGAUAAGAGAGAAUAUGUCAUAGUAGGAGCCAAUGGUUGCAAACAGAAAAUGCAAAGUAAUUUACUUCACAGUCAUAGAGAUGUACCAUCCAAAUUAGAUAUAUUAGAAAGCACCAGAGAUUAUCUGGCACAUAAUAUGAGCCAGCUAGACUAUAAUCUGCACCGAGGCAUAAAGGAUAAACCAACUGAGUGCCCUGACUGUGGGAGGGCUUUCCGAACAUAUCACCAGGUAGUUGUCCACUCACGAGUACACAAAAGAGAAAGAAAAGAGGAUGACGAGGCUAUUCAGAUGAGCCUUGAAGAACGACGGGGAUCAGGGAGUGACCAGGAAUCUCAGUCCAUCAGCAGAUCUACAACCCCAGGAUCAUCCAACAUUACUGAAGAGAGUGGGACUGGUGGAGCACUAUCACAGGCAGGAAGUGCACAAGAAGAUAGUCCUCAUCCUUCAUCACCAUCUUCAUCAGAUAUGGGGGACGAAGCUGGAAGAUGUGUAGGAGCGCAGCAACAAGCUAUGAUGAGAGAUAGAAACCUUGGCUCUGCCAUGAAGGAUUGUGCUUACUGUGGAAAAACAUUUAGGACGUCACAUCACUUAAAGGUGCAUUUGAGGAUACAUACAGGUGAAAAACCAUAUAAGUGUCCUCACUGUGACUAUGCAGGCACUCAAUCGGCUUCCCUGAAAUACCACCUGGAGCGCCAUCACAGAGAGAAUCAGAAUGGGUCUGGCCCUAUACCUGGACACCCUCAAAAUCAAGAGCAUAAGGAUGAAACUUCAAGCAAAAAUCCUCUUUUUAUGAGACCUGAUAUACUGAGAGGAGCAUUUAAGAGCCUCCCUGGAAUAGAUUUUAGAAGCGGUGCCUCUCAGCAGUGGCCCACUGGAAUGCUGCCUUCUGGGGAUCGUCAAGGCCUAACAAGUGCUAUCAGUUCUGAUGCUUCUUCAGAAAUUCUGAAAAAGUCAGAGAUAUCGUCUAAGGGUUCUCACCUUUCUGAAUUAGGAAAGGCAUAUCAAAACAUUGUUGGAAAUGGUGUAAACUUCCAGGGCUCUUUGCAAGCCUUUAUGGACAGUUUUGUGUUAAGUUCUUUAAAGAAAGAAAAAGAUCUUAAAGAUAGGGCCCUUUUGAAUUCAGUCCCUGUUAGGUCAGAGAAUUGUGAUGGGAAACAAGAAAAUAAAACCCCUCAGAGAAAGAUGGAAAAAUCUCAGUAUGAGCCUCUCGACCUCUCUGUGAGACCAGAUGCUCCAUGUCUUCCAGGUUCUUCUAUAACAGUUCGAGAUAAUGUUGCCUGGCAUGGAUGCUUAUUUUGCUCUUUCACCACUUCCUCCAUGGAACUUAUGGCUCUCCAUCUUCAAGCAAACCAUUUGGGAAAAGCAAAGCACAAGGAUAAUAUGAUUGGUGCAUCAGAGCAAAUGAAAGAUCAUAUAAGGGAAUCUUUGAAUGCAGUAAGCAAAGCUGUAGCAACCUCUUCUUCAAUGCAGUGUGGUAAAGAACUGAUGGCAUCCAAAAUAAGUGCACUGAAUUCAUCUGACAAAAUCAUGAGAAAUAAAGAUGCUUUGGCAGAGCAAGAAAGGGCCGCUUGGUCCAGUCACAUAGACUCUAACUUCAAUAACUUUUCCACUGAAUUCUAUAAACAUUUUGGGGUUUAUGCUGGUAUGGUUGGGGCCAACACACAAAAUUCUUGUUCAAACAUGGACAUUGAUGCAAAGUCUCAACCUGAAGAUGAUUCCAAUAUCAUUCAGGGUGACUCUGAAAAUACAGUUGCUACUGAUGAUCUGUCUGAUGAAUCAUCAUCUGAAGAUAUGGAAACUUGUAAAGAGGAUGAAAAUGAUGAUGAGGAAAUAGAGACAGAACAAGAAAUGAUGAACAUAACAGAUGAACUAAACACAGAAAGGAAUGAAGAGGAGAGCAUACCUUACUCAGCUGCUGCAAAAACAACAGAAGAACUUGUGUCUCCAACCCCACAAGUCAUAGAUAAGCAGUGGCAUUCCUUAUCCCAUGAAACAUCACUAGACUCUAUGAAACUUGAUCAAGAGGUUUUAGAGAAGCAAGUCAACAUGCUUUCUGUCCUGCGAGCCUAUAGUUCUGAUGGCAUGGCAGCUUUCAAUGGAAUUGGAAGCAACUCAGCAAACAGUGGAUGCAUCAAAAGACCAGAUAUAUGUGACAUCCAGGACGGCCAUGGGGACUACGAUGGCUCCUAGUUUUGCUAAUCUGUAUGUUACACAUUUUGAGGCAUGGGGGAUUUGAUGUACCUCAGUCUCAGAUUGUUCUAUGGCAUAGGUGUCUUGAUGAUGUGCUUCUGAUGUGGGAAGGAACUGAAGCUUUACUAGCUUCCUCCUUGUCAAGUAAUUGUACUAUUGUUUAACCAGAUGUGAGUUAAAGAUUUUCAAGAGGAUGUUGGGUUUUAAACAGACUAUUAUUAAUCAAGGCCUGUGCAAUCGGUUUAAACAAUUUCAGCUGGAUUGCUUAAAUGGGCAUUAAUGCUUAGAGCAUAAUGUUACAUUUACAAAUAUGUUUAUAAACUUUUUAAUAUUUUGCUAAAACUUGAAAUAUGUAAUAUUGCAUGUAAUAUUUAACAGCAGAGUGUGAUACGCCAUUUUGCUUUGCAAUAAUUACUUCUAGUGAGGACUGUACAUUUAAUUAAAGGACAUAGAAGAAAUAGCUAGUGCAAGAAAAUAUAUAGAAUCCUCUAAUGAGCUGAGUAUUAUUGUCCAUUCUUUCAAUCUGUGCUGAAAUAGUAAAUAGCAAAAUAAAAAUUAGAAAACUUCCAAGUGUCUUUCUCAAGGAAUAAAUAAAUUGGAAAAAUAUGUUACAUGAUAGUAGAAAAAAAACAAUGUUAUUUUCAGAAAUUUAUGAAUGUACUUAAUGUAGUUACUAAAUAGCUACAAAUACAAAAGAAACUCCAAGUGUACUUAAAAAUACUCCUAAUAAAGGUAAUUGUUAUGCUUUUACGGCAUAUAGAUAUGUUGCCCUGAUAAAGGCAGUUACAUGCAACUAUAUUAAACUAAAAUGAAAACAGGCUUUCUUUUUAUCUCAGGUCAUAGCUAUCGCAGGAGAUAUCUUUUUUAGGCAUAGUAUCAAAUACAUGCUUUAAAAACGAUGUAGUUGUUAUGUCAAGAGAAUAAGGAAAGCCUUGUUUUGUAAUACUUAAAAAAGGGUCAAAUUUGUUGAAUCCAGAUCAUCCAAUUAUAAUACUGUUAGUAUUGUAUUUGUAGAUUGCUGUUUUUGUAAUCUAAUUUAUAUUUGGAAAAAUGGAAGCCACUAACCAGGGUAGUGAAGCAUGUAAAUAAUAUCAGAAGCAUUCCACAAUUUUUGCUAAUAAUAUUGGUUUAUUACAAAAUAUGGAAAGUUUGUGAGUGUAAACCAGUUUACGUUUUGAGCAAAAUUUGAGCGACAGAUUCAGUAUAUAGGUCUGAUAAUAAAAAUAAUAUUGGCAACUACAGUAUCCAGGAUCUAUGCUAUCAAGAAUAAUAUUUAUUGAAUCAGUCUCCUGGCUGCUAGGUUUCCUGGACGUCUUAAACCUGCUUUUUGAUAAUUUUCACAUUUUUAAAUUGGUCACUGUCUGUAUAUAUGGAUGUUAAUGUAUUUUUCAUUGUAUUAUAUUAUGCAUUUUACAUAUCAUCGGGGGAGCCACGUGUACCGUAGUUAAACUUCAAAAAAUAUUAACAAAUCAAGAGUGGCAAAACAUGAUCUGCUGAAGAUUUGCAUUUACAUGAUGCUCAACAGUGAGAUUGCACCUAUCAAUGACGUCAUCCUUUGUAAUGAUAUGGACUGAUGAUCAGUACUCAACUGGAGUGUCGGUUGGGACAUGUGAGAGGCCUUAAUCUUGAUGUCAGAUAAUCCCUGUUGUGUUUACAUUGGUGGCAAGUCUUUUCAUUUGUCUAUUAAAAAGACCCAGAGACUCAUUUGGACAUUAAAUUGUGUAUGUUACUAAUGUAUUAUUAUAUAAAGUGCUUUGGUAUUUACCCUGAGUACUCCAUUCAUUUAUUUCUCUUGAAUCUGUUAAGAUGUGUCCCACUAGCUGUCUGGACCUCCUGAAUAACUCAAGUUUGAUUGUUUCAAAUACGCUGUAACACAAUGCACUGGUUGUCUUUGAUUUGUCUUACUCCAUUCUGUGAUUGUUAUUCCUAAAUUGGUGUGUUGGAAGGAUAUAUUUGGGUGUACAUCACUUGUAUAGUGAAGACAAAAUAGAAUUUUGUAAUUUACAGACUGUUCAUUAAAGUGUGGUUCUUCCACUUAAAAAAAAAAGCAAAAACAAAACAAAU